CCACGCUCUAACCAACUGAGCUAACCGGCCACUGAGAAACACCCCAUAGGCGUACUCACCGUAACCUGCAAAGGGAAACCUACUGAAGUGAAAGUGGAAGUUGUUUUGCUGUCAGAGAAAACCGCUCCUCACUGACGAGUUGCAUAUCUGUGGAGGACGUGAACAACACCCUUUUUCAGCCACAUUCUUAUACCAGGAUGUCAGUGCCAUUCUCUGGCUGGAAGGUGGUCGACGACAGGGAGCUUGAGUCAUCGCAGGAACCUCAGAACCGGGGUGUAUACACUAUGUAUCAUGGGACCAGCAUUGCAAGUGCACGGCUCAUCAUUGCCAGUGGUUUUAAACAGUCAUCAGAUGGCAUGCUGGGAAAGGGUGUGUAUGUCAGUCGCAGCAUGAAAAAGGCGUCUCACUAUCCAUUGAAUAGUAACCCUUCAGACCGUGUGGUGCUUGAGUUACGUGUGCGCGUCGGCCGUGUCAAGCGUAUUGACCAGGAUAACCAUCCUUUGCAGAAGACCUGGCACGAUAAAGGCUAUGACACUGCUUGGGUGCCCCCCAAUUGUAACAUGGCAGCUGUGCCCAGUGGCCUCGAGGAAGAUUGUGUAUUUGACCCCAGAAGAGUGAAAGUGAUACGCAUCGCCAAGGCACCGGACACCAUCAUUGAGAAGGAGCUUCAACAGCUUUUAGGAACAAGAUCCGGAAGAAGAGGAAAUGGUACUGCAGAUGUGUGUUCACUGUGUAAGAGGAAGACCCAGCACGGCUCCCAACACAUCAAGCAGCAGUGCUGGGAGUGCGGGAAAAAAAUCUGCAUUCUCAUGCCCAAGCAUUUCUGUGCACCUAAACCCUGCAAGAUGUCGGUGCAGUUCUUUGGCUGGGAGGUGACCUAUGAUGACAACUCUCCUUGUAUGGAGCUCGGGGCCUCUCAGGAGCCCAAAGACAGGGGGGUCUACACUAUGUACCACGGUACCAGUGUUGCCAAUGCACAGCUCAUCAUUGCCGGGGGCUUUCAGCAGUCCCCAGAUGGCAUGCUGGGAAAGGGUGUGUAUGUCAGUCGUGAUAAGGAAAAGGCUCAACGUUAUCCAUUGAAGAGUAACCCCUCAGACCGCGUGGUCCUUCGGUUACAUGUGUGUGUUGGUCGUGUCAAACGUAUUGCCCAGGACAAUGAUCCUAUGCAGAAAACCUGGCAUGCAUAUGGCUAUGACACUGCCUGGGUCCCCCCCAAAUGUAACAUGGCAGCUGUGCCCAGCGGCCUCGAGGAAGAUUGUGUGUUUGACCCCAGCAGAGUGAAAGUCGUGGGUAUUACAACGGCACCGGAUGCUGUACUGGCAGAGCUUCAACAGCAUGUCGCUAACAGUCUAACAAACAGCACAGGAAGUGGGGGUGCUGUGGAUGUGUGUUCACUAUGCAAGAGAAAGACCCCCCAGGGUGCACCACACAUUCAGCAUUCUUGCUGGGGCUGUGGUCAAAACAUCUGCGCACUCAUGAUCAAGCAUGUCUGUCCAGUUCAUCCCAUCCAGUAACACAGAUGGGACGAAGAUCCAUGUCUAAAUGACCUAGCAGAGUGGAGGGGAAAGUAAAGCUGAAAUUAACUAGAGUUAGAGUUAACGCAGGGUGUAGUUAGACUUUGGAAACAGGGCUUAAUGUUUCUCCUUUGAACAGCUAGUUUGUGGAAAGAAGAAACUGGUGCAAUAUGUUGCAAUAGUAUCUGUGGAAUAUGUCACUGCAUGUGGUCUACAAAUUGUGAGAUCAAUAUGAGACAAUCUUUACGUAUUGAGCCAAAUGCUUUUAUUUCAGUCUAACUGUGGAUAUUUGUUGGUUUAUGUUAAGUACAUUUUGAAAUAUGUGAUAAUGCUCAUGAUUUUGAUUUACUGAACUGAUCUGAUUUCUUGACCACCACAUAAUGUAACACCAAAGAAUCAUGUAAAUCCAAUAAAUGUCAUAUUCAUAAUAUCAGA